UAAAACAACAAGCAGUCUGCAGCACCAGCUGUACAGUCCUAUCAAGAAGAGUAGUUUCAAGAAAAAGGGGGUUCAUUUAAAUUUCCUAAAAAUGUCUUAUACCCCGAAGAGACCCUGCCCCGACCCGAUGAACGACUCCAUGGAGAAGGUGAUAAAGCGGAUAUCAAUCGAGGGCAACAUCGCGGCGGGUAAAUCAACCUUUGUGCGCCUUUUGGAGCAGGAGAGCGCGGACUGGGAGGUGGUGCCUGAGCCCAUCGCCAGGUGGUGCAAUGUCCAAACAAAAGGCAGUGACUUUGAGGAGCUGACCACAUCUCAGAGGAGUGGCGGGAAUGUGCUGCAGAUGAUGUAUGAGAAACCGGAGAGGUGGGCCUACACCUUCCAGAGCUACGCCUGCAUCAGCCGGGUGCGAGCCCAGAUCAGGUCCGCCAACGGGAAGCUCCAAGAGGCAGAGAACCCCGUGCAGUUCUUCGAGCGGUCCAUCUACAGCGACAGGUACAUUUUUGCUUCCAAUCUCUAUGAGAGCGAGUGCCUGAAUGAGACAGAGUGGUCUGUCUACCAGGACUGGCACGGCUGGCUGCACAACCAGUUUGGCAAGCAUAUCGAGCUGGAUGGUAUCAUCUACCUCAGAGCUACACCAGAGAGAUGUUUAGAGAGGUUGCGGAUGAGGGGCAGAGAAGAAGAGCAGGAUAUCCCUCUGGAGUAUUUGGAGAAGCUCCACUUUAAGCAUGAGAGCUGGCUGCAGCACAAGACCAUGACCAUGGAGUUCGAGUAUCUCAAUAAUGUGCCCGUCUUGACAAUAGAUGUGAAUGAAGACUUUAAGGGAAGUAAGAUAAGGAGUGCUGACAUGAUUGAGAAGGUGAAAGAGUUUCUGAGCACCUUGUAAAAGAUCACCUGGUGGUGGAAAGCAGAGACGGUGCUUAAAAGAAGAAAAAGUGUGGUAUUACUUUUGAAACAAUGAAAUGCCUCAUAAAAUUUCACAAUUUUUAAUCAUUAAAAAU